AUGAUUCAAAACCAUCAAACGCUUCAACAUCUAUCGUUUUCGGGACUCUCUGUAAUCGCGCAACUUUCUUCACAAGGGAUCGCUCCAGAUGCUUUCUCUCAUUGUCUCGUCGAAAACGGUGGUGGUGGUGGGAUUUUGGUUCUAGGUCAGAUAAUCGAGCCAACCACGGAUGACUACUCAAGAUAUGUGAAUCCUGAUGGAGUUGAUUUAUCUCAUGGUAUUUAUGGUCAUGGUUAUGCACCAUAUGGACCUUAUUCUCCUGCUAGCUCACCUAUGCCAACAGUAGGUCAAUAUGGUGAACUCUAUGGGCCCCAACAUUACCAGGACCAUACUUCUUACUUCCCACCUAUGGCCCCUACAACCCCUUACUCUCCUGCGCUUCCAAAGGGUGAGAUCACAGCAACUAAAGAGGAACCUGCUUUAUCUUUGGACACAACUAAAGGAAACCCAAAUGGUGUGAAGAGGAACACUGCUUCUACCCUUGUGAGGCCAACUUCAUAUCAGAAUUUAUCUUUCAAUCCAAAUGGAACCUAUGGAAGAGGUUUUUGUUGUUUGCAGCCUCAGGUAGAAGUUAAGAGUUUUCCAGCAGAAGCAAUCAAUCCUCUUGCUUGUAAUAUUGGUGGUACUAACAUAGUAGGAGGAGUUUCAGGUCAUAUUUACUUGUGGGGGGUUGCAACUGGUAGAUUAUUAAAGAAAUGGCAUGGUCACUAUAGGCCUGUUAGUUGCUUGGUCUUUUCUAAUGAUCAGUCACUUUUGAUUUCUAGAUCUGAGGAUGGAACUGUUAGAGUCUGGUCACUUCUGAUGAUAUUUGAUGAGGAAGGACAACAGAGAGCAGGACAUCUGUAUGAAUACAGUUUCACUAGUCAUGCUUUACCUGUAACUGACAUUAUCACAGGCUAUGGAGGAUUCAAUGCAAUUAUCUUAUUCGCUUCUCUAGAUCGUACUUGCAAGGUAUGGAGCCUAACUAGAGGGACAUUGUUGAGAAAUAUUGUGUUCCCUUCAAUAAUUGUUGCAGUUCCAUUAGAUCUAGGGGAACAUGUUUUUUAUGCUGGUGGGAGAGAUGGGAAAAUAUACAUUGCAGAACUCAAUGCUCAAGUCACAUUCAACAACAACAACAACAACAACUGUGGUUUGCAUAUCAUUGGCACAUCCAAACACUACUUCAAAGUUCAAAGUAGGAAGUAG